UGUUUAGUAGCUGAAGGAACGGCUUGUUUUCGUGUUUUAAAAUAAAUAAAAUAAAAUGGUUAAAGUGAAACUGGAGCACACAGAAGCGGCGGAUGUUUCAAUUAAAGUCAGCGAUAAUGUCACCAUCAAAGAAGAAGAGACCUAUGACGACAAAUUGUUGUUUGUUAACGCCAUAGCCAAACCAAUGGCGGGCAAGAAACUGGCCAAAAAAUGCUACAAAUUGGUGAAGAAGGCCAUGAAACACAAAACCUAUUUGCGAAAUGGUCUGAAGGAUGUGCAGACGCGUCUGCGCAAGGGCGAAACCGGCAUCUGCAUCUUUGCCGGCGAUGUGACACCUGUAGACAUUAUGUGCCACCUGCCCGCUGUUUGCGAGGAGAAGGGCAUUCCCUACGCCUACACGCCCAGUCGCGCUGACCUGGGCGCCGCGAUGGGCGUUAAGCGGGGCACCGUGGCUCUGCUGGUGCGACAGAACGAGGACUACAAGGAUCUGUACGAUGAGGUGAAAGAGGAAUUGGCCAACUUAAAUGUUCCCGUUUAAGCUUUUAAAGAUAAUGAUGUAAUUUCGAUAAGAGUUCUGCUUGAUAAGUCACAAAGUUUGACAAUAGUAUAAGCCCAUCCAUUUGCAUUUGCACGUAAAGACGUUUGAACACAUGCAGAUUUAAAUGCCAUUAUUAUAUAUUUUACAAAAAUAGAUCAUAUUUGACAUAAAGAUCAUAUUUGUAAACUAUAUAAACAAGGGUAUUUUAGACUGUGUCUUCUUUCCUGUCAAACGUGUCAAUACCUCACUUUACUGCAAUUUAAGAAAUAUAGAAUAAAGUUCAAGUUAAACAAUUUGAA